AUGUCCACUUCGUGCGGCAGCAGCGCGAAGAGCUCCACCGGAAGUUCCAAAAAAACAAAAAAGAAGCGAAGACACAAAAGCCCGGAGCAGCGCGCGCUGGCCGGCUGCUGCAGCAGCAGCAGCAGCAGCAGCAGCAGCAGCAGCAGCAGCAGCAGCAGCAGCAAAACGCCCGCCCGCACGCAGACUCGGAGCCAGACACAGAGUCGGAGUCCGAAUUUGAAGCUGAAUCUGAAGAAGAGUCUGAAGAAGAAACAGAAUUUGAAUCUGAAGAAGAAAAAGAAAAAGAAAAAGAAAAAGAAAAAGAAGAAUUUGAAUUUGAAUUUGAAUCUGAACAGUCGGAGUCCGAAGAAGCAGAAGAGAGUUCCGCGGCUGAGACGGAGGAAGCAGCAGCAGAAGCGGCUCCUCACCACCUCUCCUCCUCCUCCUCAGCAGCAGCAGCAGCAGCAGCAGCAGCAGCAGCUCCCGCUGCUGCUGCUGCUGCUGCUGCUGCUGCAGCGUUUGCUGCGUGGCGGCGGCAGCUGGCGCUGCUGGAGGCCGGGGGUUUGCUGCGUCCCUUCGAGCGGAACUGCGCGCUGUGGCAGCAGCUGGCGAUUUGCUGCCAGCGCGCGCAGCUGCUGCUGCUGCUGCUGGACGCCCGCGACCCCGCCUUCUUCCGCUGCUGCGCCCUCGAGCGACUCGCCAGGGCCUUCCAGCCCCCCAAGCAGGUCCUGCUGCUGCUGCUGCUGCUGCUGCUGCUGCUGCUGCUGCUGCUGCUGCUGGGGGGUGGAGGGGGGGGUGGCGUUCGCGGCGUGCUGCUGCUGCUGCUGGGCGUCGUGGCAGGCGCGUUCGCGCUCUGCUGCUGCUGCUGCUGCUGCUGCUGCUGCUGCUGUUCGUGCCGUGCUGCUGCUGCUGCUGCUGCUGCUGCUGCUGCUGCUGCUGCUGCUGCUGCUGGCAGCGAAGCAGACUACCUGCGGGCGCUGCAGCUGCUGCUGUCGGAUGUCUUGGGUGUCUUGGCAAUGCUGCGGCCUGCUGGCAGCAGCGCGCUGCCGCGGGGAGUUGCUGCUGCAGUGUCUCGGGCGCGGCGAGCAGCACAAGCUGCUUUGGGCCUCAGCAGCAGCAGCAGCAGCAGCAGCAGCAGCAGCAGCAGCAGGGAGGGGGCCGUGGCUGCUGCGCUGGCAGCAGCAGCAAACGCUGCAGCAAUUGUGGUGGAGCAGCGAAACCCCCAAUACGCCUAUCACCAGUUCACAGUUCUUGCUGCUGCUUCUCUCGCUGAACUGUCUCCUUAUGUCUCCUUUUUGCUGCGGGACUUGCUGCAGGUUUUGGAGCAGCGGCGGCCGCUGCUGCGGCUGCUGCGCGCGCAGGGCAGCAGCAGCAGCAGCAGCAGCAGCAGCAGCAGCGCAGCAGCAGCAGCAGCAGCAGCAGAAGCAGAAACGGACAACUUGCGGCUGCUGCUGCAGAUCUUCCUCGCCUACUGCCCCGCCUCCAUGCUGGACGCUGUCUGCGACAACUUGGCAGCAGCUUACGCGGAGGCGCUGCUGGAGGAGACGCAGCAGCAGCAGCAGCAGCAGCAGCAGCAGCAGCAGCAGCAGGCAGCAGCAGCAGCAGCAGCAGCAGCGGCUGCCGCGGGCGACGGCGCCCUCGAGGGCAAGCUCGCCGCCGCCGCUCUCCACGGCCCCGACGGCCCCAAGGAGGAAGCAGCAGCAGCAAAAGCAGCAGCAAAGGCAGCAGCAGCAGCACCAGCAGCAGCAGCAGCAGCAGCAGCAGCUGCUGCUGCUGCUGCUGCUCCCGUAG